AUGGAUGAUCUAGUCGAGCUAGAAUGGAGUGACAAACCUGAGCAGCAGAAAAACAACACGGCAUCUUCUAGCUAUAAUUUCGACGCAUUGCUUCGCUCUAUGCCAUCCUCGUCACACCAAGAUGCGUCGUCGAAGCGCCAGUCUGCCUCUGUGUCUGCAAAUCGGGCACCAACGGCUUCUAAGAAUGAAAGUAUGGAUGCGUUUGCAUCUCUCCUCCCAUCAUUUGGUCAAGCACAGAAGGAACAGAGGAAAACAACGCCGUCAGUGCCGCAGGCUAACUCGCAUGUGAAGGAACAGAAAUCGCAGGACAUAUGGGGCUUGGAUGCUUUCGAAAGCAUGUCGGCAUCCACUGCUGGUGAGAGGCUGCAUUCCAAGUCAGCCAUGUUUAUGCGUUCAAUGCAGUCGAUUUCGCCCUCAGCUGCGCCAUCCUCAAAAUAUCCCACCGAGGACGAUCUCCUCGCUGAUUUCCGCACUCGUCCCUCUCCUCCUACGCCCUUACCGACUGCCCCUAAUGAUGGCGCCGAUCUGUUGGGUGAUCUUUUAAAGCCUGUUCAAAGCCAACCAGCUAAGGAAUCGUCCACUUGCCCAGAAGAACGACCGUUAACAACGUCCUCUUCCAGCCCAACCAAACAACCUACAGGUCAUAUGGCUCCAAGCCCUUCAAGAUCACCGCCGCCCCACAUUGUUGGCCAAUUGGUCGAGAUGGGCUUCGGCCCUGUGGAAGCGCGCGAGGCUCUUGCGCAGACAUCGUCAGGACAAGACGUUCAGCAGGCAGCUGACGCUCUGAUUGCGUCCCAACCGCCACCUCCUACAUUUGAAUUCAUAUCUUCAAAAUCCAUGAAAGAAGAUGGCGACGAACGCCGUCGGACUUCACGCAUGGCACCAGCAGAGACACGCACUGGCCGUCCAACCCCAGCUCGGCCAUCCUUCUCGAACCCAUUCGAUCCGGCAACCAAGUCUUUCCAACAACAGGCAGAUCAGCUGUAUUCACAAGCAAGCACUCUAGGCACGUCCAUGCUGAAAAAUGCAAACGCGUGGUGGGACUCCGCAAAGGCUCAGGCACGUAAGGCUAUGGAUGAGGCUCGUGGCGAUGGUCAAGACGUAACGGCGAUGUCAGUUGCGUCUGGUUUACGCCGGCAUGCAUUACGUCGUUGGGGCGGCAGGUCGUCUUCUCAACGCCCUGUCGAUUACGACGCCACGCCUCGUUGGAUGAGUACUGCGCCAGCGCCGGCCGAAUCACCCUCAGCAAACGUCUCGUCUUCCAGCGCGGCACCCCGAGCAACGGCGACAGAGUGCAAAGCCAAAGCAGACAUCCCCACCCAACCCGCAUCUGUUGAGUCGAAUGACGUGUUGCUGCUUGGCGAUGAAUGCGAUACUGCAUCAUCCCGUCCAACACCUCCGGCAGCAGCGGGACGAUCGACGAAGUAUGAUGAGCCUGCUGCGCGUGCAAGCUCUUCAGCCCCUUCUUCUACAGCAUCACCUGCCCUUCAAAACUGCCGCCAUGAGCGAACGAUUGCGCCGGAGGAUACCACUCUCGUUAACCGCGCUACUCAUCACAAAGAUCAGGGAAAUAUGCACUUUCUUCGCGGUGCUUAUGCAGAUGCGGAAGAGCAAUACACAAAGGCACUGGACCUUCUUCCCCACACAUCGUUGUGGCGUAUUCCUCUUUUGAACAACCGCGCGAACGUGCGCUUGAAAAAUGGUAACAGUGCCGGGGCAAGCGCGGAUUGCACCGCCUCCAUUAAUUUGAUUGUUCUUCCGACUAUGCAAGGUGGCAUCUACCGCCCUAGCCAGGAUGCGUUACCUGCUUCGCAUGCAUCUCUCAUUUUGCGCGAAGCGUAUGCAAAAAGUGUAUCUCAGAGAGCGCGUGCGUAUGAAGCGGUGGAGAAAUACGCGCUUGCCAAGCAGGACUGGGACAAACUGGCGCGUUACGAACGUGCCGAAGGAAGCGGCGUCAAAAGCGGCGACAUUCAUCGUCGAGCUGCAGUGGAUGGCAUUGCUCGCUGUGAGCGAAUGCUAAAUCCAACAAAGCCUAGCAUUGCACGUUUUUCGCUGUCCACACAUGGCCGUGCGCAAGCACCGAGUCGGUCUUCCCUGGCUACAGACUCAGAUGGUAUGGCACGCAUGCGAGCGAUUCGGCAAGCGCAAGAUCAAGAAGAUGCGCAACGUAUCGCACAUAAAGACUCAGUGGAUGCUCGAAUCCAAGCAUGGACAAAAGGAAAAGAAAAUAAUGUUCGUGCUUUGCUGGCAUCGAUGGAUGACCCCAAGUAUGGUCUGAUCUGGGAAGCACUUGAUUGGAAGAAGAUUGAUCUGCACCAGCUCAUCACUGAUGCGCAGGUAAAGCGUGCGUAUACGAAAGCCAUCGCGCGUCUGCAUCCCGACAAGCUUUCCUCAGCAAAGACCAGCGUUGAGCAGCGGAUGCUAGCAGCAGGCAUGUUUAACGCACUGAACGAAGCAUUUCAUAAAUAG